AAUCAUUAUUUUAACUUCAAAUACCAACUAAAUAGCCUACUAUGUGAUAAAAAAUCGAAAAGCAUCAAAUACAUUACAUCAUAUUAUAUAAUAAAUAAAAACUGUAACAUAUUCUUGUAUCAAUUUAAAAUGUUUUCUUCAUUUAAUAUAUUACAACCCUGCAGGGCUGCAGUCAUUCAAUCCGUAGGUCAUAAAAAUAAUGUGAUGUCUGAAGUUUUGGCGACAUUGGAAAAGCAAUGUGAUAAAUUCUGUUUUAUUCCCAGAAUUCCACCAAGAAAGGUUGCAGUAAUUGGAGCUGGUACCGAUGUCGGCCGAAUUGCGUCACUGAUGCUGAAACAACAGAAGAUAAUCAAGAUCCUAUCGUUAUAUGACGACCUCCCAUCCAAUAACGUGCUGGGCGUUGCAAGUGACAUAGCUCAUAUCGAUACAAGCCCCGAAGUGGUAGCAUACCAGGGAAGAAUGUUUCUCAAGACUGCUCUCCACGAUUCAGACGUGGUGCUAAUAUGUGGCGGAUGCUAUGUCCAGCCCCCUGGAUGUUACAUCAACGACCGCGACCUGUUCUUCUGCAACAUGAGCUAUGUUAGGACGGUCAGCCUGGCGUGCGCUGAGUUCUGUCCUCAGGCCGUCAUCGCCGUGCAGACACCACCCGUCGAUUGUAACUAUGCUCUGUGUGCCCACACGUUAAAGUUGGCCGGAGUAUACGAUAAACGGAAAGUGUUAGGCGUGAAUGCCAUAAACGCGAUGCGCGCCAACCAGCUGUUCUGCUCAAUAACUGGCUCCGAUCCAUCAAAGUCCAAUAUUCCGGUCGUAUGUGGCACCGGUCAUUGCACAAGAGUUCCAGUGUUCUCUGCGGCGAAAGCAGGCAACAUUCCACAGAGUCAAGUGGAAUGCCUCACACGUUUAGUACGAGAUGCAGACGAUAUUAUCUGCAAAGUGAAGAGCAAUUGGGAACAGGGACACCUGUCUCUUGGAUUCGCAUCAGCAAGAUUUGUUGUCAACUUAAUGCUGGGCUUGUUCGAAAGGCCAACAUUCAUAGACAGUGCUUUGGUGGAACAAGGGGACCCCAAGAAAUGCUACAACAUGGAAGUGUGUGCUACUCCUGUCACCGUGGGCUCACAUGGCGUAGCCGAGUAUGCCAUUCCUAGCCUCAACCCAUUCGAAUCAGCACUCUUGGAAGACAGCAAAUGCGAUCUGGAGGACAUGGUGAAUCUUGGACGGUGCAGCGCAAUCGGUGACGACUAUUACAUCCAUCCUGACAAAUUAUGUUCCAAAAUUAUAUGCGAACCUUGUCCAGUAUGUGCCCCACAAAUAAAAAAGAAAGCUCAGUAAAUACUUGGAAAAACUUCGGGUCAGCCUUUUUAAUUUAACUGAAUAAUUUCUCAAGAAAAUUUAUUGGUGUUAUUACACUACGUAUUUGUCAGUUAUUAAGUAAGUUAUUGACAAUAAUUCAGUCUUUCAAAUAAAAACCUUGUGGCUUGUUUUAAUAAUAUCGAAGUAUGUGUAAAGAACACAAUUGUUAUGUGAGUUUGCAUUAAAUUCAAAUUGAAAUAUUUUUAUUCAAAAUAUAAUUUGAAAUCACGAAUUGAACGUCAAAAACUACCACUCAUUCAAAAUAGACUGCCUCAGACCUGAGUACUAAAUAAAAUAGCUGGCUUACUAAAUAAAAUUCACAAGUCGAGUAAGAACUUAUUAACAUCGCUGUACGGUGAAUAUCUGUAAUUAGGAUAAUCUUAAUAUUUUAUACUUUAUCUGUCAUAUACAAAAUUUAUUAAUGGA